AUGAACUUGGAGUUGGGCUUAACUGUUUUGGAAAGUGGUAAAUUAAAUCUAAUAGAGAUACUUAAAGUUGUUAGUAAUAAAUUAAGGGAAUUUGGUGAUUUUCAAAGUUAUAUGGUGUUGGCUUUUGUUGAAGAAGUGGUGGUGAAUGCUGGUGUUUUGUUAACUGCUAUGGAAGAACAUUGGAAAGAUGAUCUUGCAAAUAGAUUGAUAGACAGAUAA